AUGCAUGAUCCUCACCGACAGCCUCCUUUGCCUCCAUCAUCAGCGCAUCCGCCCUUCCCGUCUUACACGCCGCGAGAGCCUGUUGUAAAGAGAGACCCCGGCGAGGAAACCUCACUGCCACAACUGCGCCGACCGAAUUCGACGGGUAACGUUGCGGAAAAUCAGCCUCUCGGCCCUCAUGGUCCUCCACAUACAAAUCCACCGCCGCCUCCUCCACCAGACGAUCCGCGACGACAUAUGAGCUACGAUAGCGGGCCGUCGAUGCCGCAUUCGCCGGCCAUGUACAGACCACCACCUCAGAACUACCCACCCCCGCCGACGCCGGUCGCUCAGCACCCUCAAUAUGAAGGACCUCACAUAUACGGUCCUCCGCCUUCCAUGUACCCUCUAGAAAUCGCGACUAGUGCGAAGCGGAAAGCACAGCGCGCCUCCCAGGCUUGCGACAGUUGUAGGCAGCUCAAAGCUAAAUGCGAUGAGACUAAACCUUGUAAGAAUUGCCGGGAGAAAAAUGUCGAAUGCAAAUACCGAGAUCCUCCAGCAAAGCAGCCGGAUAAGGUUACCGCCGAUUUAAUAGAGAUGCUCGCUACUAUGAGAGAAGAGAUGAAUACUAAGCUUUCGGAUAUGACCGUGGAACUCGCUGGGUUGAAGCAGGCCAAUCUGAAUCAAAAUGCACGAAUGGGUAACCUAGAGACCAAGAUCAAGCAACUUAAUCCUGGGACGGGUAUGAAAGUCGAGUCGAUUGAGGAAGAUGAGGAGCCGAACUUUAAUGGUUCACCCGCUACCAAAGCACAGGUCGAAGAAUCAUUAUCUUCACCUGGAGGAACUGUUGUGGAGCCUAGUCUUACCAUGGACGAGGCUCAUGCCACGUUACAAGAAGCAAAUGAUGAUGAGAUGGAAGAUAACCCAGGGCCGAUCGUGACGCCUGGAAAACCCGCCAUGCCUCAUAAUCACACAACAUUAGCAGGAUUGCUUUUGAAGUGGCCAUCGAUUAAGAGAAUGGUUCAUCAUCUAAUGGAAGCCGAGAAAAUAUUCCAUCCUGACGAAUAUCCGAUACGCCAGGAGCAGCAGCGGGGCAUUAUUCGAGUUUUUGGGAGAGGAGAAGGAUUUGAUCAGGACAUUCGGGCUUCCGACAAAGAAACGCCACCAGACCACACAAUGACUGAUGUUUUGGACGAUUGCUCAGACGUUGCAUCUCCCUCACCUAUGGGAGAAGCAUGGGGACAAGUGGGCAGCUUGACUCCCCCUCCUGGUGUUGAGUCGAAAGGAGGUGUUGUGAAUGUGGAGGGAAAUCCGGACUGGGAGCCGACGAAGAUUUGGAGAUACGUUAACAGUUUUAAGGACAACAUUCUGAACAUGCACCCCAUAAUUAUCCCGAGGGAGCUGACAGCGAUGGUCAAAGUAUUUCUCGAGACUUUACCAAAAUCGCAGAGUAGUCAAGGGAACAAGAUUGGGUCGAGCGCGAGAUUUGUCAACCAACCGACCGGGUUACCUCCGUCCUUUUCAGAGACUGGAACCAAGAGAAAGCGGUCACCCGCUGCAGACGAGCAGACCCCAUCGACAUCGUUCGUAAAGCCCGGUCGUCCUUAUCGAAGCGUUCAUAGCGCUCUUGUCCUGUUAGUUUUUGCUCUGGGCAAGAUUUGCCUUCACAAGGACAGGAUACCAGACACAGUUCACGAAUCCGACUCGCCGAUGCAUCACUCGCCCUCGGUUCGCAACGGCGUUCUUGCUUCUCCUCUGCAAGGAUCACCACCGGGAAUCAUGUCAACCUCCCAAUCCUCCAACAUGGCCUCACCUAAAGAAAGUGGAGGUGUUCCUAUGAGCCGAAGGGCUUCUCUGCAAGGAAACAUGCAAUCCUCGAGGGGACCACAUUCGCAUAAGCGAAACCUGGAUGUGAUCCCUGGUCUUGAAUACUUCGCUCUUGCCAUGGAUAUCAUGGGUAGUCAUAUGGGGGGCUUCAAUCUAAAGCACGUCUACGUGCAAAUCCUCGCUGGUCUGUACUACGGACAACUUGGUCGUGUCCUCGAGAGUUGGUCGUAUAUCUCUCUUGCAAGUCGGAAUCUUCAAGUAAUACUUCGGCCGAGCCUCGACCGUCUAUCGAAGUGGCAUGAUCAAGGGAGAAGUAUCGGUCAAUCACGUAGGGACAAUCAAUUGGCUUUCGCUUUCUGGACAUGUCUACAACUCGAGAGCGAUAUCCUCGCCGAGCUCCCUCUCCCACAGUCAGGUAUCUUACAAUAUGAAGAUAGAAUGCCAUAUCCCAAUUCCGAGUAUGCCGUCAACCAAGGCUUCUCAGAGCACAUAGUAACUGGUUAUAUCGCACAGCUGUAUCUCCGCAAACAGCUUAACCAAGUUCAUACCUUGCUCUAUGACUCGGAGAAGCAAAACAGACACAGUAUCGGAAUCACGUUAGACGACCCGACAAUCGAAGAAGGCAUCAAGCGCAUCGAGGAAAUGCUCAGAAAUUCAAGAAAUCGUUGGGUUCCGAGUAGUUAUCAAUGGAAGGAUGAAGAUCCCCCAGCCAACGAUAUACUAGGAGCUCGUCUCCGCGCAAAGUAUUGGGGUUCGCAAGUCAUCCUCUACCGUCCGUUUUUGAAAAAGAUACUCGAACGAGAAUUCCAAUACAACAAUCAAGUAGAUUCUCCCGACACUCAACCGCCAUAUGACCACGACGAAGCGCCCCCUCCCGGUAUGGAUCGUCGGGUUCUUAACUACGCCGGCUUGGCGAUAUCUGCCUUGAUUGAGAGCACUCGAGCAUUCCACGGAAUUCCGAACAACCAACGUAUCAUCAUCACCAAUGUAUUUGGAACAGCCCACGCACAAUGGGGAAAUCUUUUAACCUUAGCAGCGUGCUUUAAGGAUAGGUAUCUUCGCAGAUAUAUCAAGGCAGAUGUUUUAAGCAAUCUCUUUUCUCGGACGAUCCUAUUUUUCCAGUCGAUUGCCCAACCUACGAGCGCGCUCAGGGCCGAUAUGAACAUCCUAAUUGGUUUAGCAAGAGACCUUGGGUUUAUUCGAGACGAAUACGAUAUUACAAGUUCAAGUUUUUCGAGCAUAUCGAGCGGCGGUCCUCUACCGCCUAUGCACAACCCCGGCGAGAGUUAUCAUCCUCAUCCUCCGUCCACUCUUGGACGGCCGCAUCUACCGCCACCGAACUCGAUUUCUUGA